CACACCAGUACUCACAUCUGCUGCUUUGCGUGUCAUGCGGCUUCAGCUCUGCAGCUAAGAGGCAGGAAAUCAGAUCUUUCAAUAGUUUGCCAAGAAAGAAGAGAAGUAGCUGGAAUGACGGACAGGGAGACAGCUACUUCUGUAGAGCAUGGACACACAGUUGACUGGUCAGCUAAGACUUGUCACGGUACCGAUUGUGUUUUUCUCCCAGUUAACAAGUCCUGUGUGAAUCUGUCAUGCUACAUGGUCCUGAGUGACAAAGAGAAGACAGCCAUCGGUGCCAUCUGUUUCCUGGCAGGCCCUGUCACACUACUGGAAAAUAUUCUUGUGCUGGGGGUGAUUGCUAGCACAGCCACCUUGCGAAAGCGGCCAUCCUAUCUGUUUAUUGGCAGCCUUGCUCUGGCUGAUGUCUUUGCCAGUUGUUUCUUCACCAUAAGUUUCUUACACUUUCACCUCUAUGAUCUCAAAGAUGGCCCAGACGCCUACCUCUUCAAGCUAGGUGGUGUCACCAUGGCCUUCUCUGGUUCAGUGGGAAGUUUACUGCUGACUGCUCUGGACCGCUACCUCUGCAUCUACCAGGCCUCGACUUACAAGGUGUUGCUGACACGGCGCAGAGCCCUGCUGAGCCUUCUGAUUCUCUGGAGUACAAUCAUCUUCCUCUCCUUCUUACCUCUAAUGGGCUGGAGGUGUUCCACAGGCUUUACUCCACCUUGCUCACGUUUGUUUCCCUACAUCAAUAAGCACUAUCAAGCCUGCUGGACCAGCUUCAUCCUUGUGAUUCUGGUUCUGAUUUUGGGGGCUUAUGCUCUCAUCCUGUGGAAGGCCCACCGCCAUGAGUCCUCAAUGACCAGCUUCCAGGGAGCAGCAGGAAAAGGUCAAGCUCGCAUAAGGAUGGAUAUCCGGUUGGCUCGCACCUUUGGCCUGAUUCUGCUCAUACUAGUGGGCUGUUGGGUUCCUGUGCUUUCUUUCAUGCUAGUAGAUGUCUCCGUGAUCCUGACCCAUGACCAACAGCGGGCCUUUGCUUUCUGCAGCACCCUCUGUCUGGUCAACUCUUCAGUCAACCCACUGCUGUAUGCCCUGCGCUGUCGAGAACUAAGAAUUGCUCUUUUGCGGAUGCUGCAAAAGCUGUGUUGCAAAGGAAGGUGUAAAAAACUCACAGAAGACUCAAGCCAUGGACUGCCCUCUGCAGAAGACAAUUGUACUGCUUUAUCUGAGGAUGAGAUGCCCAAGGGCAGAACCACCCGACCUGACUCCAUUUCAGAAAUGGUGUACAGUCACCAGCUGACCAUGAGAGAGUGAAGGAAGCUGAAUGUUAAAAUAAAAGAGAAGCAAUACAGUUUGUGAAACACGACGACUGUUAGCUAGUGAUAAACACCAUCACUGUAGAUCAGGAUAAAAUCUGUCUAUACAAGGAAAUGUCACUUACUGUUUUUUUUUUUAUUGUAAUAGCAAAUAAGCUUGUAAAUAAGUAAACAACACAUGAUAACAGUACUUGUCAAAACAAAACACAAACCCUGGGAAUUACAAUGUGACCAUUACACAUUACUUUAACUAUAAGAGAUUAUAAGGUAUGUUGUUAACCAUUAAUCCGUAAUGUUAUUACCAGUUAAUAUGCUUAAAAUAGAAAAUGAUAGUUACACAGAGGACACAAGGAGCUUUUUUCAGCAUUUUGCAAUAACUGCACCCAAAAGAUUUGAAUGGAAAUAAAUACCUCUGCACUCAAUCAGACUAAGUAAAUUGUUUUGUACAAAUGUAUGCUACUAUGUGUUACUAAUAUUUAAGCACACAUAAAGGUCAUUUACCUUUGA